AAAACCAGAGUUCCCGCGGCUGUGCCACUUUUCUUUAUCUCGUUUCUUCGCCUUCAACUCACCAGCUCCACGUUGCGAUGCCGCAUGGAGGGAACGUGUUUCAUUUUGUGUCUUUUUACCCUCACAGGAUCAUUUCAGGGAGGUCUAGCAGUUUUGAUCCAAACCCAGCAGACGGUGUUGGCAGCAGUAGGAGAAGAUGCUCCUCUCAGCUGUCAGCUCCUGGAAACUAAAGACGUCCAGCAGGUCACCUGGCAGAAAGUGUUGGAGAAAACAGAGAGGAAUAUUGGUUCCUACAGCCAGUAUUUUGGUGAAACAGUGAAUCCUGGAUUUAAAGAUAAAGUUCGGUUUACAGAAUCUGGACUGCAGAAGAACUCUAUAGUUAUUAUUAAUGUUACAGAGCAGGAUGCAGGAUGUUAUCUCUGUCUGUUCAACACAUACCCUGAUGGAGCUCUGAUAGCUGCAACCUGCCUAAAGGUUUAUGAGCUGCAUGGACCCUUCAUUAACGUCAGCAGAUCAAACUCUCCUCCAGGGUUGGUGGUGACCUGUUCAGCCACAGGUCAAUCUGUUCCCAUGGUAACGCUGACUGUUCUCCAUCAGAACCUCAGUUUCUCCCACUACAACACCAACACAGAGACCAACACCAACGGUACCGUCACCUUCACCACUACAGCUCUGCUCUCAGCUCUCAGCAACACACAGGUUGGAUGUUCAGUGUCAGUGGACUCUGCUGCUCCCAGAGAGCUGCUGGUCAUCGUUCCUGGACUCACUGAGACGUCUGAUGAUGGUUUGAACAAACAAUCAGAGUCAGUUUUCAGAGGGUUCAGAUGGCCACUGAUUGUUGUAUUCCUGAUGGUCCUGAUCUGUAUUUGUGUUUUACAAUUCAGAAGAACAUUUCAGAAAAGGAAUAUGAAACCUUCAGAAAACGCCACAGACAAUCAGAAUUCAGACAACUCACCAGAGUCAACCAAAGACGUCAAACCACAAACAUCUGCGAGGCAGAGACGAAACAGCGACUCCCAUCCAUCACCAUGACAACAGAAUUUCCUCGUUUGAAUGUUUGAUUCAAAAGGAGUGAUGGGGCAAUUGUUUUGAAAUUUUCCAAACGCAUGGUGUGAUCAAAUAAUUCUUUACUUGAGUUAUUACAAAAAUACUGUUCAUGUCAGAAAUGACUUGAAAGACGUUAACAGUCACUGCAGGAGAUUCUAGUAUUUCUUAAAAAUGUCAAGGUAUGUUUUUGAUGCCAACAGUGACUAAUCAAUAUCUGAUCAAACUGAUAAGGCAGCUAAACCUGAAGUUAAUUGGAUCAAAGCCCGUUACCAAGUUAUUGUAGCAAUGACUGGAUAUGUUUGGUACUAGUCUGAUUGUUCAGAUGUUAGUGUGGUAUUUAUUUUUUUUAUGUAAUUUUGGUUUUAUACUUUUUUACUGUUUUUAUACCUCUUUUUUUAACAAAAAAUAAUUCAUUUUACACCUCACUAAAAAAUCUCUAUUGCUUUUGAUCAAUAUUGCAGUUAUUGCUAAUUACUAAAAUAUUUUUUGAAAAACUAACAAUUUAAAAACAUUUUUAAAAAGCAAUCAAAAAGCCUUUAUAUUGGUUCACAUUUUAGUUUUCAAAAUGUAUUUCACACUAAACUUGAAAAGGGGAUUUGUUCGCUUUUUUAUCAGCUGAAUGAUCUUGAUGUUAAUAUAUGUUUUCUAUUCGCCUGUAAAAUCAUUAAACUGUGUGUCAUGGUCUUUAAUGGCCCUUAUCUUUGUGGUAAGAAUUCUGUAUUUUUGAUAUAAUCAAGUUCAGAAUAAAUUGUUUACAUCUCAAGCCA